UGAUUACCAAUCCAUUAACAGUGGAAUAGGAGAGUAAUGGGUGGAUCACCAACAUUAGUUCUUUGUGCCAGCUUAGCCUUUUACUACUACGUUUCCCUCCUGGGCUUUGUUGAGAUUGUUCGAGCUCGAAAUGGUACCACCCCUGCUUCCGAAGUGAGUGCUUUGAACUCCGUCUUCAGCCAAUGGAAUAUUUCGGCAGAUUUAACUCAAUGGAACAUCAGCGGAGAACCAUGCAGUGGAGCAGCUGUCGACUUGACGAGCAUCGAGACCACGAAUGGAGAUUACAAUCCCGGUAUCAAAUGCCAAUGCGAUGGUACUACUUGCCACAUCACCGACCUCAAAGUCUAUGCGCUAAGUAUUGUUGGAGGAAUCCCUGAUGAGCUAUGGUCGUUGACUUACCUCACCUAUCUGAACUUGGCCCAAAAUUACCUGACUGGUCCCCUGUCUUCAUCCAUUGCCAAUCUAACUCAAAUGCGGUAUCUGAGCCUAGGGAUUAAUGCACUAUCUGGGGAGAUUCCGAAGACACUUGGAAAUCUCACGAAUCUGAUAGUAUUGAGCUUUAGUUCAAAUAGCUUCUCUGGUCCUCUACCAUCAGAACUUGGGAAUUUGUCAAAAUUGCGGCUUCUCUACUUUGAUAGUUCUGGAGUCAGUGGAGCUAUACCAUCGACAUAUGCUGCUCUACAAAACCUGCAAGCUUUGUGGGGUUCGGACAACGAACUCACAGGCAGCAUACCUGAAUUCAUAGGGAACUGGUCACAACUUGUCGACCUGAGGUUUCAAGGAAACUCCUUUGAAGGUCCAAUACCACAAUCAUUCUCCAACUUGACCAAGUUGGUGUCAUUGAUUAUAAGUGAUUUAUCAAGUGGAAGCACUUCACUAGAAUUUCUGAAAGAUAUGACGUCUCUGAAUACCUUAAUAUUGAGGAAUAACAAAAUUUCUGGUUCUAUCCCCUCCAAUAUUGGUGAUUAUCAGAGUUUAUCUCUGCUAGAUUUGGCCUUUAACAAUUUAACUGGACAGAUUCCAGAUUCUCUCUUCAAUUUGAGUUCCCUCUCUUACUUGUUUCUUGGGAAUAAUACAUUGAAUGGAAAGCUUCCCGCGCUAAAGAGUGCGUCUCUUGUGAAUAUAGAUGUGUCAUACAAUGAAUUAUCUGGGAGCUUUCCUUCUUGGAUUAACGAACAAGGCUUGCAACUUAACUUAGUUGCCAAUAACUUCACAAUUGAGAGUGCAAACAACAGUGUUUUGCCUUCUGGAUUGAGCUGUCUUCAAAGCAACUUUCCCUGCUUUCGCAAUUCUCCUAUUUAUUUCAACUUUUCGAUUAAGUGUGGUGGUCCACAGAUUACAACUAUUAAUCAGAUUGUAUAUGAGAGGGAUAACGAGACUCUAGGUCCGGCUACCUAUUAUGUGACUAGUACAAAGAGGUGGGCAGUAAGUAAUGUUGGACGCUUCAUCAAUAACAACAUUUUGAAUUAUUUGGAUCUCUCUACGGAAAAUUUCACAUCUACUUUGGACGAAGUGCAAUCGAAGCUGUUCCAGACAGCACGAAUAUCGGCUGGAUCACUAAGAUAUUAUGGGCUGGGGCUUGAGAAUGGUAAUUACACCGUGACUCUCCAGUUUGCAGAGUUAGAAAUUGCGAAUCCCACAUCAUGGGAAAGUCUUGGAAGGCGUGUUUUUGAUAUUUACAUCCAGGGGAAUCUGGUUUGGAAAGAUUUUGACAUAAAAAAGGAGGCCGAUGGUUUCUCUUACCAAGCUGUUGAGAAGGAUUUCACGGCUGCUGUAUCAGAAAACUACCUUGAAAUCCAUCUAUUUUGGGCUGGUAAAGGGACUUGCUGUAUACCUGAUCAAGGUAUAUACGGGCCUUCUAUUUCAGCAAUCAGUGCCCUUCCAGAGUUCACCCCCACUAUUAGUAACAACCCUCCAACAAGCAACCCUCCAACCAGCAACCCGCCAACCAGCAACCCCCCAACCAGCAAACAGAGCAAGACCGGUUUGAUUGUGGGGAUUGUUGUUCCCGUUGGAGUUGUAAGCUUUCUUUCAGUACUUGCGCUAUGUUGUUUCGUCAAACGCAGAAAAAGGCCAGGAUGGGACGAUGAUGAAGAGCUCCAAGGGAUGGAUGCUAGGCCCUACACUUUCAGUUAUGCUGAACUAAAGGCUGCAACAGAAGAUUUUAAUCCUGCAAACAAACUUGGGGAGGGAGGCUUUGGACCGGUUUUUAAGGGAACACUAAAUGAUGGGAGGGUUAUUGCUGCCAAACAACUUUCCGUGGCGUCCCACCAUGGAAAGAGUCAAUUUGUUGCAGAGAUCGCUACAAUAUCUGCUGUUCAACACCGGAAUCUUGUGAAAUUGUAUGGAUGCUGUAUUGAGGGGGAUAAACGACUUCUUGUUUAUGAGUAUCUUGAAAACAAAAGUCUUGAUCAGGCAUUGUUUGCAGGGAAGACAAGCUUGUAUCUUAACUGGCCCGCUCGUUUUGGUAUAUGCUUGGGAGUAGCAAGGGGUCUAGCUUAUCUUCACGAGGAAUCUCGGCUACGCAUUGUACACAGGGAUGUUAAGGCCAGCAAUAUUCUUCUCGACUUUGACAUCAACCCCAAAAUUUCUGAUUUUGGUUUAGCCAAACUUUAUGAUGACAAAAAGACCCACAUCAGUACUCGUGUUGCAGGGACAAUUGGGUAUCUUGCACCUGAGUAUGCUAUGCGUGGGCACCUUACAGAAAAGGCCGAUGUGUAUGGCUUUGGUGUUGUAGCUUUGGAGAUGGUGAGUGGAAGGCCAAAUUGUGACUCUAGCUUGGAAGAAGAAAAGAUCUAUCUUCUCGAAUGGGCAUGGCGUCUGCAUGAAAAUGACCAUGACAUUGAGCUAGUGGAUGCUAAUUUGUUGGAAUUUGAUGUGGAAGAAGUAAAACGAGUGAUGGGAGUUGCUCUUUUGUGCACCCACACAUCCCCACAGCUACGCCCAUCAAUGUCGCGUGUAGUGGCAAUGCUUUUAGGAGACGCCGAAGUUAGCCCUGUUACUACGCGGCCUGAAUAUUUGACCGACUGGGAAUUCGACAAGACAACCACUUUUAUGACUGCUGAUACUCAAGUGAAAUAUAGCCAAUUCAGUUCAUCAAGUGCAACCAUGGGGGUUGAUCCAAGCCAUUCACCGAUUAAUGCACCUCAUCAAGUGGAAGGGUCAUCGGAGAAUGCAGUUUGUUAGUUUUUCAAGAAAGAAGCAGUGAUUAGU